GCUGCAGGACGAGAGAAGAGGAGGGUGGGCAACAUGGCGGCUACUGCGGCUGGUGUGGGCCGGCUAGAGGAAGAGGCGUUGCGGAGAAAGGAACGGCUGAAAGCCCUACGGGAAAAAACUGGGCGCAAGGACAAGGAAGAUGGGGAGCCCAAGACCAAGCAGCUCAGAGAAGGGGAGGAGGAAGGCGAGAAGCACAGGGAACUCAGGCUGCGGAACUAUGUCCCAGAGGAUGAGGACCUGAAGAGGAGGAGGGUGCCACAGGCCAAACCAGUUGCGGUGGAAGAGAAGGUGAAGGAGCAGCUGGAGGCCGCCAAGCCAGAGCCCAUCAUUGAGGAAGUGGACCUGGCCAACCUUGCGCCCCGGAAGCCUGACUGGGACCUCAAGAGAGACGUAGCCAAGAAGCUGGAGAAGCUAGAGAAGCGGACCCAGAGGGCCAUCGCUGAACUGAUCCGUGAGAGGCUGAAAGGCCAGGAGGACAGCCUGGCCUCUGCAGUGGACGCUACCACCGAGCAAGAGGCCUGUGACUCUGACUGAAGCCCGCAUAUCUCCUCCCCGUGUCAGGCCUUUCCUGUGGGCAGCCCCGGACUGAGGUGGGGCUGGGCUUGCUCUUACCUCCAGUUUGGCUCCAGGGCCACACAUGGCCCUUGCCGUGGGGUGAGGCACCUCCUUGUCUCCUAAGUGGUCCCCACCGCCCCGAGGGGCAGAGCCAGCGGCAGCCCAAUGGGCUUGCUGUGUCUCUACAUAAGUAUGUAUUUUGAACUUUCUUUUCUCUCUAGAAAUAGAAGCAAGCAGACCCAUGUGUGUGGCAGAACCUAUUAGACAUUUCUGGGUCCUUGGGGCGCUGUGGGUCGGGCCCUGAGGUGGAGCCACAAAGGCCCAGACCUGACCUUGUGAGUGCAGGUCCUUGUCCAGUCAGAUGGUCGUGUCAAAACCUGUGGGUGCUGGAGAGACAGGGUCAGAGAGCCUUCUUUAAGCCCUCCCACGGUCCCAGACCUCCCAGGAGUCUCUGGUCAGCCUGAGAGGCUCCCGCUCUGUCCUCUAGGGAUCCCCUCACAGUGUGGAGAGGGCAGGGAGAGGCUGGGUAUGCGGAGGGGAUGUGCUGUGCCUCGGCAGUCCAUCCGGGGCUGCUUCAGACCAGGGCCCCUGGCACUGUUACAUCUCAUCCUGCACAACACUCGGCAGCCCCACUCCCUCCAUCCCAGUCAGAGCCAGACCAUGGCUUCUCGGGGACAGGGCCCCUGGAUUGGGGAUACCCUCCUGUAUCCUAGGGUAAUACAAACUGGGUCCCCAGGGUCCUGGUGUUAUGAUUGCAGGCCUCCUCUGUGGAGCUGACUCUUCAGAGUGACUGGCCACAACUCUGACUCCAGGUACCUGAGACCAACUAGAAUUUAAUCUCCAGAAUGAUAACACUUUUGAGUUUCCUUCGGCGUUUCCCCUUAAGUGUCCCACCCUGCCCUGUGUCACCCCAGUGCGUCCUUCCCCCUGUGCUGAGUUGGGCUGACUCUGGCCAGCAACGCCAAGAACUCAGGCCAUAGGGCUGGAGCGAGUGCGUGUACACAGACCAACACACUAUACAAUAAAGUAGAUGCUUUCAGCUAAA